AUGUCCAAAGAUUGGCCUAAACGUGUCCGAUUGGGAAUCAAUGGAUUUGGUCACGUGGCACGUACACUGCUCAGAUGUGCACUGGAAGAUAGUCGUGGACUUGAGGUGGUUGCUAUCAACGAGCCUAGUCUGACCCCGGAACAGAUGAUCUAUCUGAUCAAAUAUGAUUCCAUUCUCGGUCCAUUCAAAGGAUAUUUGAACGAACGGGUCCAUGUGAAUCGGGCCUCGGAAAAUGCACCGAGUGAAUUUUGUAGUUUGGAAAUUGCCGGUCGAAUGAUUGCUGUGUUCCAGUAUGAACAAUCAGAUCAGAUCCCAUGGAACUGGCUCAAUGUGGAAUAUGUGCUAGAAACCACGGGUGAUUGUCGACAUCUGGCAGAGGCCACAGUGAGUUGUCGAUCAAUUUGUUUUAUAAACAUGGGUAGUUUAGGUUAG